AUGGCGGGUGUUGUUCCAACCGAGAUGUCCGCUAAUAGUCCAAGGCGCACCGCUCAAUUUGCACGUAAUGCCCAAGGUGGAGGAAACACGAAGAUGAAAACCGGAAUCCUUCAACUUUUUUAUGCAAAUCCAUUCAUCGGAAUUGAUCAUGAAGACCCUUUUGCACAUCUCACUAAGUUUUAUGAGAUUGUGGGAGCUACGGGAGUAGAUGCGGCGAAUGAAGAAGCUCUAUUCAAGAGAUUAUUUCCACAUUCAUUAAUCGGAAAAGCUAAAGAGUGGUACCUUGAUCAACUACCUAGAGUGAUGACGGAUUGGAAUCUAUUGGAAGAAAAAUUUUUAGAAAGAUAUUUUCCUCAAUCCCGAUUCAUGGAAGCCAAAACGGCAAUUGCAAUAUUCACUCAAGGAAGCAACGAAUCUCUUAAUGAAGCGUGGGAAAGAUUCAAGUCCAUGUUAAGAAAAUGCAAAGGCCACAAUUUUGAAGAACUUACUCAAAUUCACUUGUUCCGAAAUGGUCUUCAACCGGUGCAUAAAACACUUUUGGAUGCUACCGCGGGUGGUUCUCUUAUGUCCAAAAGUGCGGAGGAAGCAAUCACUAUCAUCGAUCGAAUGGCACUCAACGAUCGACAAAGUCAACAUGAUCGAAGUCCUUCACAAAGGAAACCAGGACAAAUGAGAGAGAUUCAAGGAUCUCAAACUAGGCACCAUGUGGCAGCAUGUGAACUUUGUAAUGGAGAUCAUCCAACUGGUUUUUGUCCUCCCCCCGAAGGUGAAGAAGUGAAUUAUGUGAAUAAUCCAAACCAAGGCUAUCAAAGGACACCUCCACUUCACAACAACAAUUAUCAAAGAUACAAUCAAGAGUAUCAACCAUCAAGAUUCAACAAUUACAAUUACCCUCAACAAAGUCCUUAUCAAAGUCCAAAUCCACAACAUCAACAAUCUCAAGGUAGAAGCUCAAAGUUGGAAGACACUCUCACACAAUUUAUGCAAGCAUCCAUGGCUAAUCAAAAAAGCAACGAACCUGCCAUCAAGAAUUUGGAGAUCAAGUGGGGCAACUUGCAAAUUAAUUGUCCGAACAACAACCAGGAUCUUCUUUUUCCGCCAACACUCAAACAAAUCCAAAGGAGCAUUGUAAAGCCAUUGUGA